ACCAUCUGCCGUGUUUACGUUAGCUAAUACUGGCAGCGGGCUAGGUAGUUAGCGCAGCUAACAGUUGCAGCUGAAAAAACGCUGGGAAAUUCAUCAUGUCACCGAAGCUUUUCAAGUUUUUGAAAACGGAAGCAAGCGAAAUAUGUUUCAUUUGAGAUUUAAUAACUUCUGCAGUAUGUGGAAAAACAGUCUGUGGCAGGGAAAAAGAGACACAUUAAGGUGUUGGACUGAGGUAAUGCAAACGUUUAGUUAUUAAAAGCUGCCUUCCCUGGUUGGAGCACGAGACGUCACAUUUAGGAAAAAUUAUGUUGCCAUGGUAACAGAAGUGGUACCCUCACACAUCUGGAUAUUCAAACCUUGCUCCUGUUAGAAAGUUGGUCAUGAUGACAUUAACAGUCGUUUAUAAAUCAGCCAUACUGACCGCUGCGGUGAAGAUCAGGAGGCCCCUUUGUGACAGAGUUUGCACAGUUUUGUCAUGUAAAUGUUGUUUUCAAUGCCAGCGCUCCAUCUGCCGGAGGAUGUACGAUGAAAAUGAAGAUCUGUCUGAUGUGGAAGAAAUAGCAAACAUCCGAGGUUUCAGUGUGGAGGAAAAGCUUGUUAGUGACAGCUACAAUGCCGAUUUUGUCCACACAAUGGAUGGCAAAGAUUUCACUUAUGAAUACGUGCAGAAGGAGGCCCUCAGGAUCCCACUCAUUUUUAAAGAAAAGGGGGAAUUAGGGAUCAGGAUGCCUGAUCCAGAGUUUACAGUUGGUGAAAUAAAAGGAUUAGUUGGCAGUCGUCGCUCCGUGGACGUCAUGGACGUGAGCACUCAGAAAGGCUCUGAGAUGAGCAUGGCUCAGUUUGUCCGCUAUUACGAGACGCCAGAGGAAGAGCGAGACAAACUCUUCAAUGUCAUCAGCCUGGAGUUCAGCCACACUAAGCUGGAGAACCUCAUCAAGCGGCCAACAGUGAUGGAUCAAGUCGACUGGGUGGACAACAUGUGGCCUCCUGACCUGAAAAAAAGUCAAACAGAAUCCACCAACAUCAUUUCAGAGAUGAAGUAUCCUAAAGUGCAGAGGUAUUGUUUGAUGAGCGUGAAAGGCUGCUACACAGAUUUCCACAUCGACUUUGGAGGAACUUCAGUUUGGUACCAUGUGUUCAAAGGACAGAAAGUGUUCUGGCUGGUUCCUCCGACCCCACUUAACCUCGCCCUGUAUGAAGACUGGGUCCUUUCAGGCAAACAGAGUGACGUCUUCCUGGGAGACCGAGCUGAUGGGUGCCAGAGAGUGGAGCUCAAACAAGGAUACACCUUCUUCAUCCCAUCUGGUUGGAUUCAUGCCGUCUACACUCCUGCAGACACACUGGUGUUUGGAGGCAACAUUCUCCACAGCUUCAACAUUCCUAUGCAGUUUACAAUCCACGAGAUAGAGAACAGGACUAAGGUUCAUUCCAAAUUUCGGUUUCCGUUUUACUACGAGAUGUGCUGGUACGUCCUGGAGCGAUACUUGCACUGCCUGACGAAACGCUCCUACUUCAAUCAGGAGAUCCAGAAAGAGCCUUUAGAUUAUGAAGCAAGGGUGAAGACGGAGUGUCCCUCUCCUGACUCCAGAAGCCAGGACACAAACGAGGAUUCAUGGGGAGCUCAGAUUAGGAAUGAGCAGGGAGAAAAGGCUGCGCGAGUGUCCGAGGAUGACUCGCCUGAAAACGUAAAGGGCCCGCUCCUCAAAGCUGUUUUGUGUGUGGACUCUGAGGACAGCUGUAAUCCCAACUCAGUGUCUUUAGAUUUCCCCAAAACCCCCCUGGACUCUCCAGCCUCUGAACUUCAGGGAAAAUGGACUCACUUGACUCAGUAUGAGCUGAUGGGACUCAGGACGCUGGUGGAGAAGCUGGAGUCACUCCCUGAAAAUAAGAAAUGUGUUCCAGUGGGAAUAGAGAACCCUCAAGGACUCCUGGAGGACAUAAAGGCUGUCCUGAAGGACCAUGCUGAAGACGACCCACAGUUAGCGAUCACUGGAGUUCCUGUGGUGUUCUGGUCCAAGAAAACCAUCGAGCCUCGGCCACCCAACCGGCCGAAACCCAAGAUGGCAGCAUUGCCAGCAUCAGCGGUCAAGUUGUCGGCCAGCCGGGGAACAUCUGGCGCCAGAAGGAGGAGGACCCGCUGUCGGAAGUGCGAGGCAUGUCUGCGGACAGAGUGUGGAGAGUGCCACUUCUGUAAAGACAUGAAGAAGUUCGGUGGGCCGGGGAGGAUGAAACAGUCCUGCAUCAUGAGGCAGUGCAUCGCACCUGUUUUGCCCCACACCGCUGUGUGUCUCGUCUGUGGGGAGGCUGGAAAGGAGGACACGGUGGAGGAUGAGGAGGAGAAGUUUAACCUGAUGCUCAUGGAGUGCUCCAUCUGUAAUGAGAUUGUUCAUCCUAACUGUCUCAAGGUUAAAGAUUCAAAUGGAUUAGUCAAUGAUGAGCUGCCAAACUGUUGGGAGUGCCCAAAAUGUAACCACGCUGGGAAAACUGGGAAACAAAAAAGGGGGCCAGGAUUUAAGUACGCCUCCAACCUCCCCGGCUCCCUCCUUAAAGAACCGCGGCUGAACCGGGACUCGAAAGAGGAGCUGGACAUGCCCACGGUGGCUCCCACAACCGUCACGGCUCUGACGACCACAUCCGCUGUGAAAAGAAAGACAGAGCGGGAAGUCGUCCCUAAGAGGAACGAUGAGGAACCUCCUAAGAAACGCCCACCUCUGCUGACCCUGGAGGGUCUACCACGAGCAAGACUCGAGGACAAUCCGCUGCGGAAGAAGAGGAAACUGUUUGAGACCAACGAUGAACCCAUCCUGGUGAAAAAGAAGAAAAAACCUCCUAAACCAGACGAUCCGUUCAGUUUGAAACUGUUGCGGCACAUCAAGACAGAGAACGAUCACGGCGAUGAAGAGGAGGAGCAGGGGGAUCGGGAAGACAAUGGUUUAUCUUUGGGCAGGAUGCAUUUAAAGGGGGAACACGAUUAUGAUGAUGAAGUGCAGAAAGAGGACACAGAGGAAGAAGAGACUGUGACAAAAGGGAGAGACAAAGCUAGAGUUCUCUUGAGUCCUCUGCUAAGGGUGUCUUCAGCCAGAGAAAGCGAUCAUUCAUCCUCCAACCCUCCCAGAGCAGGACCAAGCAGCGAGUCAGGAGACGUCCAGGAGAGGAGCUCUGCGCAGCUUAAAGCUCGACAUCAGCGCCGGCGCCUUCCCAACAAAGGAGGGGGCAAAGAAUUCAGCCAGGACAUGAAGUUAGAGGACUCGAUGAGCAAUCAGAGGCAUCCUCCAGAGAGUGCAGAGAACAACUCCGCCGCUCAUCAUCGCAGGCCAUCGAAAAGCGAAGACUCUGUGGGCAAUCAGAACUGUAUACCACUAAAAGCAGAAGACUCAGCUAAUAAUCAGAGCUGUAGGGUCCUGAAACUGGAGGAAGGUGCGAUAAACCACGUCAGACAGCCACUGAAAACCGAAGACUGCCUGACCAGCCAGAAUCACAGUCCGGUCAAAGCCGAGCCUGAGAGCGAAGUGGACGACCAGAAGCCGAGGUGGCUUCUGAACAACGGCGGCAGUGAUCUGGGUGACUGGCUGAGACACAGAGGGCGGGAGGUGAAUGGGACGCCGCAGGCAUACUCUCCACUCGGCUGGAACAGAAACACACCCAUCAAACCGAUGUGCUCCCGCCCUCUCCCUCGCAGAUCACCACCAAAAUACAUCCAAAUGGAGCGCCAUGUGAUCCGGCCUCCUCCCAUUAGCCCCCCGCCCGACAGACUACCGCUGAGCGACGGUGAAGCACACGUGGUGUGGCGAGAGACAUGGAUGAAAGUGUUCAGCCACCUCACCCACAAAGACCUGUGUGUGUGCAUGCGCGUGUGCAGGACAUGGAACCGAUGGUGCUGUGACAAAAGGCUUUGGACGCACAUCAGUUUGAAACGGUGCAAGUCCAUCACUCCUCUAAUGCUGAGCGGCAUCAUCCGGAGGCAACCGGUUGCUCUGGACCUCAGCUGGACCAACAUUUCUAAGAAACAACUCAGCUGGCUCAUCAACAGACUUCCUGGUCUGCGUGUGUUGCUUCUGUCCGGGUGCUCUUGGGUGGCUGUCUCCGCGCUUUGCACCUCCAGCUGUCCUCUCCUACGAACGCUGGACGUUCAGUGGGUCGAAGGACUAAAAGACGCUCAGAUGAGGGACUUGCUGUCGCCGCCUACAGAUAACAGACCAGGUCAGAUCGACAACAGAAGCAAGCUGCGUAACGUGGAGGACCUGCGUCUGGCGGGGUUGGACGUCACGGACACGUCUCUGCGCCUCAUCAUUCAUUACAUGCCUCUGUUGUCUAAGCUGGACCUGAGUUACUGUAACCACGUCACCGACCAGUCCGUCAACAUCCUGACCGCAGCGGGGACGACCACCAGAGACUCACUGACUGAUAUCAACCUGUCAGUCUGUAACAGGGUCACAGACCAGUCGCUGACCUAUUUCAAACGCUGCGGGAGCAUCUGUCACAUCGACCUGCGUUACUGCAAACAGGUGACCAAGGAGGGAUGCGAGCAGUUCAUCGCAGAGAUGUCGGUCAGCGUUCAGUUCGAGCUCUUAGAAGACAAACUGCUGCAAAGAAUCGCUUAGGAGCAAGAGAUUAAAACCCACCGUCCACAUGGAGGCAGCAGACACCAGGAGAGGCUCAGCUGCUAAUCCAGAAUGUAAAACAAAAAGGAGCUCUUGUCAGCUAACGGCAACAUUAACUGAAACAUUUUGUUCUUGCACCUGUUUAUAUGUUAUUUAUUCUUAAAUUGAUCCUUUAUGUAUUGUAUAGCAGCCAUCUCUUGGUGUUUGUAUACGAUCUGUUGUUCUAAUGCAAAGCCGUUUUGCAUUAUAAAUGAAUAUUUUUGUAUCAGAAAGUGUUUCAUAUGAUUAUGUGCAGUAUAAAAUGCACCAAUGGACAGUAUCACAGCGCCAAAAUCAAUAUUCAGUCACAUAUGUGUUCUUUACAGUAAAGAUUUGGAUUUUUGCCACAAGCUGUUAACUUGUGUUUGUGUGACUGUUUUAUACGUGCCUGAGGUUUGUUCCUUUAUGGUUGAAAGUUAUUUUGCACUCGCGCGAUGAAAACCUGAAUGUACUUCCAUCCACACACACCCCAGUGUACAGUGUAUAAAGCUAAUCUCUACACCACUAAACAGUUCUGCCCCCUGACUAACUGCCUGUAUUUAUUAAGACAUACCCGCUCAGUAACUUCCCUCUUUAGUGCUUUGUUGAAGGAAGCCUUUCUAUUUCUGCAUGCAGCUCAGAAAUGUUUACACGAAAAGUUUAUUCCAGCCCUUGGUGAAGCAGCACUGAGCCAAGCAAGAAAUAAUCAGCCAAAAAAUAAGCUAUACUCAUAUAAAAGUUGUGUAUAAUGUGAUGAAUGAGCAGUUUCCUCUUGUUUAGGUCAAAAUUGUGAUUUUGUUUUUUUAUUCAGGAGUGUUGCGUUUAGUUUCUGAGUUUGAAACUUUAAAAGAUCUGAAUAUUAUGGUACUUCCUUUUACAGAUGCCAAACAUGUCUGUAAAAUUAGAAAAAUAGAUAUUAAAAAAGUAUUUAGCUUUAUUUUAUUUUUUUUACUCCUCACGUUAAAAGACAAAAAAUGUCAUCUUUAUUUAUAAUUUGUUUUAAAGAUUUGCAAUUUAAAGCUGAAAAACAUGUUGGUUAUUCUCUGAAAAGCUUAAGGUAAACAUUUAUGACCCAAAGUAUUAGAAAUCUGAUGUUUUCUUUUUGGAGCAUGUUCAGAUAUAUUUGUCUAACUCCUUCACAGGUUCUCCUUGUUUUUAAUCUUUAAAACACAUUUUUCUGUUACUGUUUUUGAAUGUCAGUCCAUGUUUUACAGUUCAGUGGGAAAGUUUACUUUGAAUAAAUAUUUUUUUUUAUUGAAAGACUCGUCUUCAUAAAGAGUUUUGGUAUAUGAUGUCAGAUUUAUCUAUCUGUACAAACUAAAACUUCUAGAAAAAGAGUCAACUUUGGGAUAUUAAAACCAUUCUAAACCUUGAA